CUAAUCUCUAUUGUGUGCGGAGUGCAACAACGUUUUAUUGCCUCUUUCCUUCCCUACCUUCUGCAGCUCAGUCCGGGAAACCUAAUAAUUUUCCUAUUUUCUCUCUCCCCUCCUCCCUCCCUUCGAGCUCCCCAAUCUCCAGCUCUUUCGAUCCAACAAGAGAAUGGGAGACUCGAAGAAGUCCACAGCCACUGGUGUUUGGCCCACCGUGAAGCCCUUUGUUAAUGGUGGAACGUCUGGUAUGCUCGCUACGUGCGUCAUCCAACCCAUCGAUAUGAUCAAGGUGAGGAUUCAAUUGGGUCAGGGAUCAGCAGGCCAGGUGGCGAGGACUAUGCUUAAGGAGGAGGGCUUUGGUGCCUUUUACAAGGGGCUGUCUGCUGGACUUCUCAGACAAGCGACGUAUACCACAGCACGGCUUGGAUCAUUCAAGAUUUUGACGAACAAAGCAAUUGAAGCCAAUGAUGGGAAGCCCCUACCACUUUAUCAGAAAGCUUUGUGUGGGCUUACUGCUGGUGCUAUUGGAGCAAGUAUUGGCAGUCCAGCAGAUCUAGCACUUAUCCGUAUGCAGGCUGAUGCCACUUUGCCUGAAGCCCAGCGCCGACAUUACAAAAAUGCCUUCCAUGCACUCUCUCGGAUUGUGGCAGAUGAGGGAGUUUUGGCACUCUGGAAAGGUGCAGGCCCUACUGUAGUGAGAGCAAUGGCAUUGAACAUGGGAAUGCUCGCUUCUUAUGAUCAAAGUGUUGAACUUUUCCGGGAUUCCCUUGGUUUUGGUGAAGGUGCCACGGUGUUAGGUGCCAGUACUAUUUCAGGAUUCUUUGCUGCAGCUUGCAGUUUACCAUUCGAUUAUGUCAAAACCCAGAUUCAGAAGAUGCAACCUGAUGCCGAGGGGAAGCUUCCAUACUCUGGCUCUUUUGAUUGUACGAUUAAAACCUUGAAAUCUGGAGGGCCUCUCAAGUUUUACACCGGAUUUCCAGUCUAUUGUGUUAGAAUUGCCCCCCAUGUCAUGCUGACUUGGAUUUUCCUCAACAAUAUCCAAAAGGUUCAGAAAUCCGUAGGGCUAUAAUUUUUCUGCAGGGAUGGAGUUUCUGACAGGGUGAAGCUUUAAUAAUGUUAUUUUCUGCUGCCUUGUUUUGGUUGGUUUGACACUCUCGCACCGCACCCUUGAAAGUAAAAACCAGUUUUAUUUUGAUAGUUUGAUUGCAACUGAAAUAGGCCUCUACAAUAUUUCUAAAUUGUACCGGUUAUCUUUUAGAUGUGAGACUGAAACGGGAUAUUACUGUUUCUGAACUCCGAGUCUUUGGUUUUGAAAUUUUUGAGGAGGAAUGUCCAAGUAAAAAUAAAAUGUACUACUCUAUAAAACAGUUUAUCGCACAAAGUUUUGUACUUCGGCUCUCUAUUUUUACAGAAACUCUGUUCCAGUCAAAACUUUGAUGAGUA